UCUUGACAGAUUUAGGUUUUAUGGACGUGUUUUGUUUAGAGAUUCAGAGACACUAAAAACAGUGAAAUUAAUGUGUAAUUUUGCAUUGAUAAAUGGAGGAGAAAUUAGAGGCUUAUCGAAGAAGGAAGCGUCGUGAGGAAACGGUUAAGGGAUUUAAGGAAAAGUUCGUUAAAAUGGUUUCCUUCCAGCAAGUUCGUGUGGAUUCUCUGAGGACGGAUUCUGCUGAGAAGGCAGUUGAUCAGAUAUCAGUGGACGAACCACAAAAUGUAAAAGACAAUGAGAGUGAUAAGGAAGACUUGACAGAAGUUCCGGAUGAAGUUUCUGUAACGUCAGAGACUUCAGACAUGGCACUGGGGGCUCCCAAGAGAACAGCAUUCACAUACUUUAUUUACGUGCUCUACUUCCUCCUCUGGGCUACAUGCUACGCCAUUGCCAUCGAACUGCAAUUUGGCGUGGUGUUCUUCCUCUUCUCAGCCCUGGGGGCAGUUUAUCUCAACACCCGGACACGGCCCAAACAGCCCGGCGAGAUCAGUGCUUACAGUGUCUUCAAUAAGGACUGCCACGCCAUCGAUGGAACCCUCAAGGCUGAACAGUUUGAGGCAGAAUUGCGCUACGCUGCCAUCAAGUAGCGAUUCUGCUGUGAUACUGCACCAGGGCAGAUAAGACAAGAGCCCCCAAGAAGCACUGUGGGGUCUGUCUUAUCUGCUGAUACCAUUUGGUUGAGUCGCAAUUCCUUAAUUUAUCUUAAUAUAUCAUUUGCUGUGAUUUGGACGCAGAUACAAAAUAAAUUUUAUCCAAAAAAUGUGGGAUUUUUCUUUAAAAAAAUUUUAGUUUUUCUCUUUUUUAAAUUGCACAAAAUGAGGGAAAUAAAUAAAAUAAUCUGAAGUCCCAAAUACUUGGAGGAUUUAAUUGUUUUUCUACAUUAAUCAACAAUUUCCUUGAUGUCCAAAUUGAUAUCAUACACCAAUAAAUUGAUGAUUAAAAUGGUGAUUUAAUCCAAAAAAAAAGAAUAAGAGAAGAAACUAAUAAAAGGUAAUAAAUUUUAAAAAAUUGUAAAAUAAAAAACUGGAAGAGAAACACCAAAUAAUUAAUAAAUUAAAAUUUAUAAUAG